AUGUUUAGAAAAUUAGUGGAGCGUAUCGUAUGCAGUGACCUUGCUCAAAAUAAAUUGCAUGCCAUAGAAAAUAAUACAUUUUGCGACUUUAAGAAACUAGAAGUAUUGAGCUUAGAUCGUAAUAAUCUAACAACUAUUUAUCCUGAAACUAUAUGUGCUCCAAACUUGCGGGAACUGCAUUUAGAUUAUAAUAAUAUCCAAUUAAUUGCCUCAACAUCAUUCCAGCCAUUGACUGCAAUUAAAUUGAUAAAUUUGGAUUACAAUCCCAUAUUGAAUCUUCCUCCUGAAUUAUUUAAAUCGACGGUUAAGACAACAAUUUUGAGACUACCCUUUAAUAAUAUUUCUAAGAUCGAUGCUACCGCUUUUAAGGACCUAGACAAAGUUGCUAUUCUACGUUUACAAACAAAUAACAUAAAACAUGUUGAUAGGAAAGCUUUUUUCGGACUAAACAAACUAAAAUUGCUACAGCUUAGUGGUAAUCCUAUUGGAAAUUUUCGAGAAUUCAAUUUACCCAAUACGGCAUCGAUGAACUUUUUGGGUUUAUCAAGAUCAUAUCCAUUGAAGCUGGACGAAAAUCGCAACAGAGCAAGUAACCCAGUUAUAAUAGAGACUUUGGAUUUAACCAAUAAUUUCCUAUCGACAAUAAAAAACUUAGACUUUGGAGACUGCAGAACCCUGUAA